AUGGGUUGCUGUCAAAGCUCUACAUCUCAGCCGGAAAUGGAGAACCACCGUUCGGUAUCUGAAUCAAAGGGCGGAGGGGCAGGAGCACAGCCAUUGCCGGUGGAAGAAGAAACUGUAAAAGAAGUGCUCUCAGAAACACCUAUUGAAAAGGGUUCUAGUCAGAAAGUGGAGAAAUUGAAUGAGAGAAUACAAGAACUGAAGAUUGAUUCACGGGCUGUGAUUAAGCCUAAGCGCACUGAAGAAAUUGUUUCAGAGGCAUCUGUAGUUUCGGAUUUGGGUAGUUUUACUGAGAGCUUUUCAACGACGGGGAUAGAGAAUAGAGACGACGAUGAUGGAGAAGUGAACCAGAGGAUUCCUGCUAGAGUCCCAAGAAGACGGCAAAACACCGGCGAAAUUCCCGGCGGGAGAUUUAGAAAGGAAAGAUCAGCUCUGACUGGACGGACGGCGACGUUGCAGCAGAGCCGGGGUCAGUUGACUGCUUCUCGUCCGUUUCAGGGGAGGGUAUCCACUGCCCAGCAACGGAAUCCAGGAACGGAGAAAAGUCUCCGUCGAGACUCCGGCGAUAUCUCCGCCAGGAGGUCGAGGUCGCCGGCGACAAGUAGCGACGUGGGUCAGCGUGGGAAUUUGAGCAUUGAAAGUCCUGGGCCGAGCGAGACCAGUCGGUCAGGUGGUGCGCCAGUGGUGAAGACGGCGGAGAGUAACGGCGGCGGUAAAGUAGAGAAUUCCAACGACGACGUUUUAGCAGAAGACGGCGAGUCACUGGAAAACCCCAUUGUUUCCUUAGAGUGCUUUAUUUUUCUAUAG